AUGGACGCCCCGCAACUCCUCCGGCUGCCGGUUGGGCCGCGGGCGCAGCCGCCUUCGAGGAGCCCCUCACCUGCGGCAGACGUACCCGCCAUGAGCUUCGCCGAGGUGCAUGCCCUGCUCGCGGAAUGCCACGACGCGGAGAUAGCAGCACUGAAGAGGCAGGUGUCUACGGGAACGCCGAGCCAGACCCAAGUCUCCGUCAUGCAGUUGACCCUUUCCAAGGAUCGGGAGCGGGGCUCGACGCAGAUGGCCUGGAACCCGCGUGAGGAGGAUGCGAAGCUGGCGCGGGCCAAUGGGCACAAGCUGCAGCAGCUGCUUCAGCCUGCCACCUCUGGCCCGGAGAGCGCCUUCCUCGACAUUUCCUGCAUCUUCGCCGAGACCAGCGAGGGCGACAUCAACUUCGAACCACGGCGCUGCUGGACCACUGACGGAUCCCUGACACCCAGUGUGGUUCGUCGGCGGAGCAUCUCUUCGUGGGCUCCACUGGCCAGGGGCGACAACCCGCAAGGUCGCUGGCAGACGCUAGCGCCCAUGGGCCGCUUCCGGCUCGUUUGGGAUGUCUGCAGCAUCCUCUGCCUCACCCUCGACGUGAUCCUGCUGCCACUGCACGCCUUCUCGCAGUGGAGGGCCGGUGCUACUCUGGCCGUGUUCGAGCUGCUGCUGCACCUCUUCUGGUGCGCGGAUAUCGUCGUGACCUUGCGCACCGGGUUCUUUUCGGGUGGGACCUUGGUGAUGAACCAGAGGUCGAUCGCGAAGAACUAUGCCCGGGGCUGGAUGUCCUUCGACCUCCUCUACGCCGUCCUGGGCCUGGCCUGGGUGGUCCUACAGCUGUCCAACGAGUCCAAUGACGUACAGGCUGGGGCCCAGAGCUUCAUGACCGGCCUAGGCUGCAUGCAACUCUUCCUGCGACUUGUUCGCCUCAUGCGGCUUACGAAGAUGGCCGAGUCCAGCAAGACGCGGCUAACCUCGGACAUUCUCAUCGCCAGCGCGAGCAUCCUCCAGCUCUCGGCCCAGAUCGUCCUCAAUCACCACGCCAUCGCCUGCAUCUGGUACUACAUUGGCACGGUGGCGGGCAGUACGGGCUGGGUGGCCAUCAACAAUCUGGACAGCCAGCCGAUGCUCUACCGCUACGCCACGUCCCUGAACUACCUCUUCUGCCAGCUGGGCUUCGGUGGCACCGGUAUCGAGCCGGGAACGACGUUAGAGCGGUUCUUCGGCCUUUUCACCGCAGUUCAAGCGCUGGCCAUUUUCUCGACCCUUGUCGCCUCUCUAACCUCCCACGCGGCCUUCCUCAACAAGUCCGGCGAGGAGCGGCGGAACGAGUUCCGGCUGCUUCGCCAGUUCCUGGCGCACAGCCAGGUCGAAGAAGAGCUGGCCCUGAGGAUCCAGCGUUUCCUUGAGCACGCCCACGCCCUGACCAAGGAAGUCGUGGAUGAGAUUCAAGUUCCUCUCCUAAGGCUUCUGUCCAAGCCGCUGUGGCGAGAGCUCCGCUACGCAAUGUACAAGCACUGCCUGGGUGAGAUUGGCUUCGUCCGCUCCCUAUCCCGGUGCAGCGUCAGCGACGACCUGAGCACCGACGCCACGCGGCAGCUCUCGCAGGCUCUGUCACAGCUCUCACUCCCGCCAUGGCUAUCUGCCCUCGCAUUCGCGGUUCCCUCGCGCAGCAGCGGGACGUGUUGCUUCAUCUGCUGCUGGCCCGAUCUAUCCUGGAUCUCACCUUCCAUUGUUGGGCACCUUUGCCACACCGGUGCGCCGGAUUGCCCGUGA